AUGCCGUCCGCCCCCGCCUCCGAGGUGCUUGAUGACGACAACCUCCUCAUCGAGAUCCUAGUCCGCGUCGGCUUCCCCACCACCCUUGUUCUUGCCGCUCUAGUAUGCAGGCGCUGGUACCACCAUGCCUCCGACCCUGCCUUCCUGCGCCGUUUCCGAAAGCUCCACCCGCCCCAGCUCCUCGGGUUCUACCACAACCCCAGCGACGCGUUGGGCCCUCCGGCCUUCGUCCCGAUGUUGCUUGAGACCCCGGAACUGGCCGCCGUUGUACGUCGUGUGGCUGGGUACAACUUCAGCGCCUACGGCCACAGCCUAAUACGGAUCAAGAACUGCCAGAACGGCAGCAUAUCCACCACAGUGGUGCACGUAUAUAAUCUACAAGAUGGUGCCUGGUGCAAGCAUGCCUCGGUCAUGACGAAGCUCACUGGCCGUCCACGGUGGGAACUGAAAGCUGUGUUGGUCGACAAUAAAAUCUAUGUGCUGGCUGACCCCAGAGACAUUAUUGUCUUGGAUUUGAUGAACUCAGGUUUCUCCAGGAUUCAGCUCCCACAAGGAGUGGACCAUGGGUCCUCAGACAUUGGGUUGUCCUCCUGGGCCGAUGAUGCUACUGGUGUAUAUCUCAUCAAUGUCAAGGAGCUACAAGUUCACAUCUGGCUCCACAAGGGGGGCAACUGGAUGGUGGUGGAUACCAUUUGUCUAAGGAUGUUAGAUCACACGUUUGAGCACAAACACAGUGCUCAUCUGAAGAUAUGCCUGGUGGGAGACAAUGCUGAAUUUGUGUUGUUGCAAAUGGGUGAAUGCACACUCUAUCUGGAUAUCAAAUGCAGGGCACUGCGGAAAAUGCAUGAGAGGACAGGUGGUGAUUGUUUGCCGCUUAAUUUCCAGCCAUUGAUGAUGAUCUGGCCUCCCUCAUUCCCUACUCUCGAGAAUGAUCCUACAAGGUUUGCCUUUUGGCCUUCAGAUGAUAUGUGUACUGCACUUGUUGAGGUUACAUAUUCCUGCGCUCUGCACCAUCCAUUGCACAGUUGUGGAAUGGAAGUUCUAAGAGAACAAGAGUAUCUACAUCAGCCAUGCAUCAGCGACAAGGGCUCCAUCAAGGAGGAGCAGUAG